AUGGCCUUACAAGCUUCUAAAUACCAGAGAGCUCUCCAGAGGGAUGUUGUGGACAAAGGCCUGGACCUUGAUUCACAGCCCCUGGAGCAUGAACAGCCUCAACAAAGCAUUUUUAACAGGGAAACCAUUGUUCUCCUGUUAAUCUUGAUGGUCUUCAAAAUCCAGGAGGCCCUCAAUAACUUUAUAGUGAGGGGAGCAUUUCCUUUCAUCAGGGCCGAUUUUCAUCCGAUGCCUGAAAGGAAUUUUAUUAUGAAAAUGGUGUGUACUGCCAGCUAUAUAGCGUCAGUUAUACUGUUUAGCAUUAUGGUCGAUCACUACAGUAGGAAGACCAUGAUGUGUGGUGGCAUCAUCCUAAAGAUCCUAGCGAGUCUGGCAAGCUCAUAUGUGCCUAGUCAGUACUUUGCCAUUUUCCUGGUGAUGAGAGCUCUGUCUAAUGUGGCAGACGGCUGCUUUACACCAAUCCACAGCAGCAUCAUCACUGACCUAGUCAUAAAGGAAAAGCGUUUCUGGCUUCUGGCUUUCUUUCAACUGUGUGUGCUCAUUGGCAACGGUCUUGGAUACAUCCUUUCUUACAAGAUCCUAGGCCAAGCGGGCUUAAACUGGCGCUGGUUGCUAAGGGUCGUCCCGGGAUUUAGCGUCCUUACAAUUCAACUGAUCAUCAUCUUUAUGAAGGAACCACCACGGAGGAAGACUUCUGAAUCUGUUCCUAAAGUCUCCCUCUCCGAUGCGUUCAAAGUAGUGCGUAAAAACCACAGCCUACUCUUCACCAUCAUUGGCUCUGCAGUGAUGCCAUUUAUUUCUAGAGGAGUGGAAAUCUGGGCUUACGCCUACAUGCAUCAUGCACGAGAGGUGGUUCUCAAAGACCAAAUUUGCCACUCCUUGCUAUGCGUGCUGGAUGACAAAAUGCUAGUCAGGAGCUGUUCGAUCCUUUCUAUGAUAUUUGGUCUGGUGAUCGGUUCGAAGAUCAGUCAUUGGUGCCGGAAAUUCUCCGUUCGUGCAGACCCCAUUCUGUGCGUGGUUUGCCUUCUGACAUCGGCUCCCCUCCUUUCAGCUUCGCUGAUCUUCAUAGAUAACAGUCCUGUACAUGGUUAUAUCCUCCUAAGCCUGGUAGAAAUGCUGAUGACCAUAGCCACAACUGUCACAUGCAACAUAAGGAUGUCUGUGUCGGCUCCAGAAACUCAAUCUUUAGCCAAAGCCUUGCAUUUAAUUUCUACUAAUGUACUGGGACAGUUAUCAAGUGCCACCAUUUUUCACUGGAUAGACAAAGAGGCCGGCCUAGAAGCACCAGUCCUACCAGCAGUCCAGCGCAUAUUUAUCAGCCUGCAAUAUGACUUGUUGCUCUAUCCCUUUGUCGCUGUCCUAGGAAGUGGAUUCUACCUAGCCACCUCCGUUGCAAUUGUAAAAGAUUACAAGGCGAGAAGCUAUCUCUUGUUUAUCUCUCUCCGGAAAGGCGAUAUCAUUCAAGCAGCACGAUUACGCUUGAGCGCUGCCCUUGGCAUAGAAAAGGUGAUAUCAUUCAAGCAGCACGAUUACGCUUGGCUGCUGCCCUUGACAUAUAGUAAGAAUUCAAAGCGUCAACAUCUGCGUAGUAAGGCGAUAUCAUUCAAGCAGCACGAUUAA